AUGACUCAAGCGUCAAGUGUUGAUUACAGGACCUUAGAACUUAAAUUGCUUAAUAUAUGGAUUCCAGCCGUAGGUGCGAGGACAGCUGCUGAUUUUGGUGUAAAGCAAUUUGAGACAUUUCUUGCAGAAGAAAUUGCUUGGGUGUUGCCGGAAUUGGAUAUUAAAAAAGAAACUAUUGAAAAUAUUUUCGAGCACCAUUUUGUUGAACAAGAUCAUCAGAGUUCGUUUGAUACUCAGCCACCAUUUCAACUCAGUGAAGCAAUAUUGACGGGAAGUUUGAGUGAAGGUAUUUACCUCCCUUCCAUAGAGCCACCAGACAUGGACUUCAUGUGCGUGUUAAAGAAUAUCAUGUUUUCUAAGAAAGAUCAAGAAGAUGGUUGCUUGUCGUUGAGAGAUGAUACGCCUUUCGUUUACGCAUUUAUCACAAACAAAGCAACGCAAUAUCUCUGGAGAGAGUUUUAUGACGAUGCAGCUAAUAAAGAGGGAGUGUAUCGACUCUCUUCAAGAAAAUUAAAAGAAAAGCUACACGAAAACUACCAAAAAUCCGGCAGAACCAUUUUCCCUUUCCUUGACAAUGAACAACUUCAAGAGGUUACGGAAGGUGCAGCAUUGACCGUCCGUGCGUCAAAACCAUCGUGCUCUCUGGUUUAUUAUGCAAUAGUGCUGACGAAAAAAAUCUUUUCCCAACCAAUAGCUGAAUUACUUGACACCGAAACACUAGAAUUCCUCCAUAGCGCCUUUAACUCAGAUACUUUUUUUAAUAGAAAACUGUUUUCCAGCGAUAUUGUGUUGUCUAUAUUCUGCAAAGGAUGGCCGUCUUGCGCAAACGAAUGGAUUAUACGAAAGAGACUUUGGCCAGAUAUACAUUCGGUGAACAAAAUCACACAAGGUGGAUUUCACAUUGUCCCUAAGAGCUCGCCAGAUGGAGAUUUUCGUUUGUCUUUUUCAUGUGCCGAAAAGAUGCUAAUUAAAACACUAAUACCUCUACAGCAUAAAGUAAUGACAGCUUUCAAAGCAGUUGUGAAAUAUUAUCAAAAUACCUGUAGUUCAAAUCUGAAGGAGAUUAUAUCAAGUUAUCAUUUGAAAACAAUCGCAUUUUGGCAUUUUGAGAAAUCCUCACAAGAAUCUUGGACGGUGGGAACUUUAGUUCAUCAUCUUAUUACAUUACUCGAAGAGUUAGCAGAAGCUUUGAGAAUGCAAAGUCUUCCAAUGUAUUUUAUGCCAAAGUUUAACCUCCUCCAAGAUGUUGACGAUCCCGAAAUCACACUGGAAUUAAUGGAAAAGAUUUCGCAACUUUCACAAAACUUCUCUGCGAUGUCUAAAGCUGUAAGCAUUUAUACACCGUGA